CAUAUUUCAUUUGGACCUUAGAUCGAAAGCACGAAUUAUUUGUAUGGCUGUUGUAGCAAAUAUUGUACGGAGAAAACAAACUUGAUUUCAAGAACGGAUCCUGGUCAACAAGUAUUCUAAUGAUUACCAGAGGACAUUGGCAUGAAAGAAAUUCUCUUUUAUAACGAAUACUUCUUCAACAUUUUUCGUCUUUUAAAGUCUUGAAGAAAAAGGUUAUACAGAACACAUCUAAGCCUAUUUCCAUAAAUCUCUGGUAGAAAUUCUAUGAAAUGUUUGCUCUGAACUGAGAUUAGUAGCAACAUUUUUCUACCUCAAUAUCUGAUGCUUUGCAUUCUCGUUACUCUUUGAUGACUUUCUAAAUUUAUAGCAUCUUUAGAUAUCAGUGAAGUUCGCAAUUGAUCGCAUUGAAUAUAUUUGUAAGGAAUAAACUAUAACAAGAAGAAGGAGAAAGAUAGGGGUAAAAAUUUAAUGUGGUAAGAAACAUCAAGGAUUGGGUCUAUUUUCAUCCAUCUAAAAGAUGUCGAGCGAUGUGCAAAAAUCAUUCUAUCAUUGUGAUAUUUGUGGUAAAUCAAUCUCUCGAAGUAAUGACUUAAUUAGACACAAACGUACUCACACCGGAGAGAAACCAUUUCAAUGUGAAAUCUGUGGUAAAACAUUCUCUUUAAACUAUCAUUUAACUUCUCACAGAUAUAUUCAUACAGGAGAAAAACCAUUUCCCUGUGAUAUCUGUGGUAAAUCAUUCUCUACAAACAGUCAUUUAACUAGACACAGACGUAUUCAUACAGGAGACAAGUCACUUCACUGUAAUGUCUGUGGUAAAUCAUUCACUGCAAAUAGUGCUUUAAUUAUGCACAACCGUGUUCAUACAGUUGAGAAACCAUAUCGCUGUUAUAUUUGUGGUAAAUCAUUCUCUCAGAUUACUCUCUUAAAACAUCACAAACAGGUUCACAUAGGAGUGAAGCCAUUUCACUGUGAUAUCUGUGGUAAGUCAUUCCCUACAAACAGUGAAUUAACUAGACACGGACGUAUUCACACAGGAGAAAAACCAUUUCACUGUGAUAUCUGUGGUAAAACAUUCUCUGUAAGCAGUAAUUUAACUGCACAUAAACGAAGCCAUACAGGAGAAAAGCCGCAUCACUGUGAUGUCUGUGGUAAAGCAUUCUCUCGGAUUACUAUCUUAAAAUGUCACGAACAUAUUCACACAAGAAUGAAGCCAUUUCACUGUGAUAUCUGUGGUAAGUCAUUCACUACAAACAGCGAUUUAACUAAACACAGACGUAUUCACACAGGAGAUAAACCAUAUCACUGUGAUAUCUGUGGUAAAUCAUUCUCUAUAAACUGUAAUUUAACUUCUCACAAACGUAUUCAUACAGGAGAGAAACCAUUUGACUGUGAUAUCUGUGGUAUAUCAUUCUCUGUAAGUAGUACUUUAACUCAACAUAAACGAAGUCAUACAGGAGAAAAGCCGUAUCACUGUGAUAUCUGUGGUAAAACAUUCUCUCAAAAAUUUAACUUAACUAGACAUAAGCGUAUUCAUACAGGUGAGAAACCGUAUCAUUGUGAUAUCUGUGGGAAAUCAUUCCCUGAUAUAAGUGCCUUACUUAAUCACAAGCGUAAUCACACAGGAGAUAAACCAUUUCCCUGUGAUAUCUGUGGUAAAUCAUUCCCUAUAAACAGUCAUUUAACUAGACACAGACGUAUUCACACAGGAGAUAAACCAUUUCAGUGUGAUAUCUGUGGUAAAUCAUUUUCUAGAAACUGUAAUUUAACUUCUCACAAACAAAUUCACACAGGUAAAAAACCAUUUCACUGUGAUUUCUGUGGUAAAACAUUCACUGCAAAAGGUGAUUUAACUCAACACAGGCGUAUUCACACAGGAGAGACACCAUAUGACUGUGAUAUCUGUGGGAAAUCAUUCUCUCAAAACAAUCACUUGACUAUACACAAAUAUGUUCAUACAGGAGAGAAACCAUUUUGCUGUGAUUUCUGUGGUAAAUCAUUCUCUGUGAAAGGUAACUUAACUAAACAUAUAUCUAUCCAUACAAAAAUUUGACUCUAUUAUUUGUCAAAUGUCUUUGCAUCACUCAGCA